UGCGUUAGUCACCUCACCGAGGAAUGUCAACCCACACCGUCUUGUUCUUCUUCCUCGUUGGGCGUCGUUUUAUUACUUGCAGAGGCGAGCCCAUGGCUGGUGUCCUAUCCCGCCAAGGCAAGAAGAAGGAAUGUUUUAAUGCGCGCAUCAGUCCGGUGUGUUUCCUUCCCUUUUCUGAAUCCGUGUAAUGUGAUGUGCUUAUCUCCUCGCUUCUGUCACGCGCCUCAUAGAACAUCCAUUGCGGCGACCCUCCGUCGUAGCCUUUCGGGUUUGCAGUCUUGAAGGGAUCCAAGAAAAUCCGAUACUUGCAGUAUUGUAGCGUUUACGGGCGUCAUUUCGCUUGCUUUCCGAAAAGUCGCCACCUUUUCUCGCUUCAGGGUCGCCAGAUCUCCCCAGUUCCUAGGGUUUUUAGGUUCUGCACGGUGACCCGUUUCUAGGCGGUGUGUUCGUGGAAAAGAUCCGGUAGUAUGGACAAGGAGAAGUGGCCUGUCCCUGGUGGAGGAGCAGUAGGAGGAGGUAAUGCUGGUGGUUUGCCGCCCCAGUCCUCGAGAUAUGCCUUAUUUGCCUCGCCUUCAGACAGUUGCAGAAUUACAAACGAUCCCUCCUCUUCUUCCUCCCAGCCACCUGAUUCUGGUCAAUUUGGUUACGUCACGCCAUCUGAUACUGGGAGGUUUAGCUACGAUGUCAGCAGGAUGCCAGAUUGUCCUCCAAAAAAUUCUGGCCACAGGCGAGCCCACUCUGAAAUCCUCAGUCUCCCAGAUGACCUUAGCUUUGGUAGCGACCUUGGUGUGGUGGGGUCGCAUGAUGGGCCUUCACUCUCUGAUGAAACUGAGGAGGACCUCGUUUCCAUGUUCAUUGAUGUCGAAAAGUUCAGCUCUAGUGCUACCUCUGCUGGUCUGUCCAUUCGUGAGGCAUCACCUGUUCCAGCUCUUCCUCAGGGUGACAAUGUUCCCUCCGGUUCCAGUGAGAAGCCAAGAAUGAGGCAUCAACAUAGCCAAUCUUUAGAUGGCACUUCAAUAAAGCCUGAGCUUUUGAUGGCUGGGGGUGAAGGGCCUUCAUCUGUGGACGUGAAGAAGGCUAUGUCAGCUGCAAAACUUGCUGAACUGGCUCUUGUUGAUCCAAAGCGUGCGAAGAGGAUUUUGGCGAACAGACAAUCAGCUUCAAGAUCAAAAGAAAGGAAGAUGAGAUAUAUUUCAGAGCUUGAGCGGAAGGUGCAAACUCUCCAAACUGAAGCAACCACAUUAUCUGCUCAGCUGAGUAUGCUACAGAGAGACACCAAUGGUCUAACAGUUGAAAAUAAUGAAUUGAAAUUGAGAUUACAGACAAUGGAACAACAGGUUCACCUGCAGGAUGCACUGAAUGAGAACCUGAGAGAUGAGGUUCAGCGGUUGAAGAUGGCUACUGGCCAGAUGUUGCCGAGUGGCGGCCAAAUGAUGAACUUUGCUUCGUCUUUUGGAGCAAACCAGCAAUAUUAUCAUCACAAUCCGGCAAUGCAAUCUCUCCUGGCAACUCACCAACUUCAGCAACUGCAAAUCCGCUCUCAGCAUCCACAACAGCUGCAACCUCAUCAGACCCAGCAACAUCAGGUUCAGCAGCAGCUGCUGCAGCUGCGAACCCAGCAGCAACAACAACAGCAGCAACGGCAGCAACAGCAAUCGACCACAGACCUGAGAAUGAAAGGGGCGUCACUGCCAUUGCAGAACCAGUUUGGAGAGGCUCCAUCAGACGACAAAAACACUCAUGAAUGAUGUUUAACUGGCUAGCCAUCUAUUUUUUUUGAGCCUUAACCGAGUAAUGUUCUCUGUUUCUUGUUUUUUACAGAGCAUAGCUAAUUAAGCAUGACAAGAACUUGGACGAUCAUAAAAUGCAUAUGGCAAGUCAGCCAUUUUGGGAACUAUUUGGGCACAUGCUCUGGUACUUAGUCAUUUCCAGCAAUGCUAUUUUAGUGUGGCUGCCCUAUUUUGAUAGGUUUGUUAAUGCAAUUCUUUUUAGGCU